CUGAGACUUAUUCAUAAGCAUGACCACACAGGAACCUGUUUAAGUAUCUCUGCCAGACUUCAAGUGCUUGUAUCACCACAAACGAACGAGGAAGCUUAACACAUUUGCAUUUAAAGAUUCAAGACAGUUUUUUCUUCUUCUAUUGACUGCCAAAGCUCUUGUGUAAUCAGAGCACCAUCUGUGCCAAAUCGAGGCAUGGAUCGACCAUGUAAUGAAAUCUUUUUUCUGUUAAUCGCAGGUGCUUUGAUUAGGAGUACAUUUCAAAAUCUCCAUCUUCCACCAAAGUACAUUAAAGUCUGUGAAGGGGACUCGGUCACCAUCAACUGCACCAUUCUGCCAGUUGACAUGAAAUACAAAGUGACCUGGCACUAUUACCAAACAUCAAAUUACGACUGUGACUCAAACAACAAACUUAAAGGACAGCAUAGAAAUACCCUAUACAUUAAUGACAUCAGGACCAAUGAAAGCGGAUGGUACUCCUGCAAAGUUGUAAUAGAUAUUCCUUAUCUUAAAGAGCAGUGCAGUAAUGGGACUCAAGUUAUUGUUGAUGCCAACAUCACCAGCACCCAGGAAAAUCAGAAUGACACUCAGAAUUGGAAUCAGAAUACCACAAAUGUACACAAUACUUGCUUGUUUAAUGCUACAACCUCCCCAAUUGGUUCUUUCCACCGGGGUGAAUGGUGGAUAUGGUUGGCAUUGGCAGUCGGAUGCGUAGUACUAGUUGUGUUAAUUGUUGUCAUAAGGAUUUUGACUGGCAGACCUAAAGAGACCAUUUAUGAGAACACCAAACCCCAGAAAGAGGGCUGCUGGACGUGUUCUUGGAAUCGGACGGAGAGCUUCGAACUACCUGCAUCCAAAAAAAACGAAACCAUUAAACCACUGAGGAAAUAUGAUUGUAUUUCAACAAACAAAAUCCGCAGACCAUAGAUAUGCCAUUUGAAAGUUUUGUAUUCUUCAAACCUAUUCAAAAAUCCACACAAUAUCUUGUAUAUUUUCUUACUCGUAACAUGUAUUUAAUGAUGUAAUGCAGCAUUUCCCAUAAAGCGAGAAUCUGUAUAAUAAAGAGAGAUCAUAAAAAAAGUUUUUUUACGUAGUACUGCCCAGAAGAAGCUGCACACAAAUUUUUAUGAGAUAGUUAAUCCCAAAAUAAAAAUUCUGUCAUAAUUUACUCACUCUCAUGUCAUUCCAAAUCCAUAUAAAUUUAUUUUAUAGAUGUUUUAAUAAAUAUCUCGGUCAGUUUUGUUUUUUAAACAAUGGCAGACGAAGUUAAAAAGGACCCAAAAGUAUCAUGAAAGUAGUCACACAGAUACCUACCUUUUCCAGAUAUUUACCAGACUAAUCAAGAUUGCAGACGAAAUGUUUAGUUUAUUUCUGAUUUUCAUCAAUUAAUUCUUGAGAAAAACAUAGCCAUUGGUCAGUACAAAACUAUGCAAAUAUAGUGCAGGAGUUAUUGGGAAGUUUUCAAGUCUUUAGCCUUUGCUGCAAGCUUUCACAUGCCUUUUCUGGUAUUCUCACUUCUGCAUGGCCUCUGACUGCUGACAAUUGCUUUGACAUGUUUUGAUCUGUGACAUGUUUCAUUAUUGUCCUAAAAUAUGGCAUCCACUCACAGAAUUAAACAGAUUUAACCUUUUGAUGUUUAUUAUUUUAGUACUAAACAAUUCAAGUUCUUGCAUGAACACGCAAGUCACUGUGUACGAGGAUCUCUCAUAGUUGUCAUGAACAUUGAUAUUUUCACAGAAAAUUACGGAGUUUAGAACAACAUUUCGGUAAAUUAUGACUGAAUUUUCAAAAUUGAGUGAACUACUACGGGUUCAAUACAAGUUAAGCUCAGUUGACAGCAUUUGUGGGAUAAUGUGAUUACCACACAAAAAAAAAAAUAUUUAGACUCAUCUGUCCUUUUGUAAAAAAAUAAAUAAAAAGUAGAAAUCAAAGUUACAUUGAGUCACUUCAAAUGGAGGUGAAUGGGGGGCAAUUUUUGGAGGGUUUAAAGACAGAAAUAUGAAGCUUAUAAUUUUAUAAAAGCACACAUUAAGAAUUCUGUUUACUUGUUUGAGCUGUAAAGUUGUUUAAAUCAUAAUUUUUACUGUCCUUUAGAGUUUAGGGUUUGUUGACAUUACAUCAUCAUGGUAACGCAGUUGUAAAAUUGGCUAUAACAUUUCACAAAAAAGGUUAGUAAGUGAUUUUAUAACAAUAAAUUCAUUUUUACACGCAUAUUAUUUAUAUUUUGUGGCUAUACUUUUGAAAUUAUGAGUAUUUUAAUGUUUAAAGAAAAUGAGGGGCAAGUUGAAAUUUAUAUUUGUGGUAAUCAAUAUUAAUAUUUAAAUUAACUUGUAUUGAACCCGUAAUAUUCCUUUAAUACCAAACAAACUACAGGUUUAAGAAGAAACUA